AGAGACAGACAGUGACAUUUGUGGUAUCGUGGUAUCUAUAUUGUUGAUGUUAUUACUAAUUGUUAAAUUAUACAUAAUAUGCUAAAGUUAUUUUGCAAAUUCUGUUUAGUGUAUAAAUUUAUCGCUUGAAGGAUAUAAUCACUUCGUUAUAGUAUAUGGCUGUAUAUAAUUUUAUUGCAGAGAGAACUCCCGAAAACGAAGUGGUUAUAUAGUCUUCGAUUUACAUACUACAUUACUUAAUAGCAUCAAUUUAUUACUUAAAACCCGAAAACGCAGAUAGCUGCAUUUGCACAUUUUUAUCACGAGAGUAAUACUGUGAUCAAGACACUGCAAUAAAUAAACAAUGUCUACACGCUGGUAUCCUAUAUAUCAGAGGGGAAAUCCUCAAUUACGAGUGUUUUUACCUAAUUUUUGGAUGAAAAUGGUACGACCCCACCCAAAACAGCUACCUAAUAUUGUACAUUUUCAAUGUUCAAUGGAAAUGACAAAGUAUGAUAUAAAAAAUUACUUAGAAAAAAUCUACAACAUACCUGUUGUUGAUGUAAGAACUAAAAUAACAUUAGGAAGGUUUCGCAAAGAUUAUGGCCAAGGGUAUAUUGUAAAAGAUGAUGAUGUUAAAUAUGCAUACAUUGUUUUGCCAAAGGAUAUGACAUUCAAAUUCCCUGAAAUCUUUGAUAGUAAAAAGAAUGAUGAAGAGGAAAAUAUGAAAUCAUUAGAUGAAGCUAAAAAGAACUUUAGUGACUACUUAGAAAAAAAUAAAGACAGAACUGAUGUUCCAAGUUGGUUUUCUAUUUAGAUUUUACAACAUAUUCAUUAUUGUAGCCAGAUAGAUUUUUUUAAAUAAUAAUUGUAUAUUAAUGAUUAGAUAAAUAAAGUUACUAUUUCAAUUG